AUGGCGUCUUCAUUAUCAGCUCAAUUAGUUCAUUGUCAGAACCCACUUCCACGCCUUCAGGGUAAUUUGAGCAGGGAUGUGGCUACUAAGGUUCAAAGGCCACGUGUGGUCUGUUGCGGUACAGGGUCACGUGGUUACGGUAUAGCAUUGGCAUCAAGGUCACACUAUGCCUUGAGGUUUCCUGUGAGGCAACAAUCUGAAGCAAGGUCAAUUAGAUAUAGGAGUAUGACAUGUGUCAAUGCGACAGACAAGGCUUUAGAGCUUCAAGCCAAGGUGACAACCAAGUGUUUCUUUGAUGUAGAAGUUGGGGGUGAAGCUGUGGGCAGGAUUGUUUUGGGCCUUUUUGGAGAGGUUGUUCCUAAAACAGCUGAAAAUUUCCGUGCUUUGUGCACAGGUGAGAAAGGAUAUGGUUACAAAGGAAGCUCCUUCCAUCGUAUAAUCAAAGAUUUCAUGAUUCAGGGUGGAGACUUUACGGAAGGAAAUGGAACUGGUGGAAUUAGUAUCUAUGGUCCUAGUUUUAAAGAUGAGAGUUUUGCCUUGAAGCAUACUGGUCCCGGAGUUCUAAGCAUGGCAAAUGCUGGUCCAAAUACCAAUGGUAGUCAAUUUUUCAUUUGCACUGUAAAGACUCCAUGGCUAGACAAUCGUCAUGUUGUAUUUGGACAUGUCGUUGAUGGAAUGGAUGUUGUGAAGGCACUUGAAUCCCAGGAGACAAGUAGGUUAGAUGUCCCUCGGAAGCCAUGCAGAAUUGUUAAUUGUGGAGUACUACCAAUAGAUGGCUGA